UUGUUGAAUACCAUUGGCUGGAGGUAGAGAGCGAAAUUUAAACUCAGCGGGUCGAGAGUGGCGGCAGUAUGUUUCUUGCCUAAGCCUUGGUUUCAUCUACGAGCAGCUUUUGGGGGCAUUUUAUUCGCGACGGGUUUUGUUUUUAAGACACAGAGAAGUCACUCAGCGAGUGAGUGAUACUUUUAAAGUAUUUUACAAUGAAGUGCCAUUAUGCCUCCCAGAAGCAACCAGCCCUCUGCUUUUCAAAUACUACUGGUGCCAACAUUAAGUUAAAAUCUGUGAUGGAAAAUGAAAUGAAAUCAGCAAAAGAAGAAAGUCAGUGUCAACUACUAAAGACGCUACCAUGUAGCGAAGACCAGAAUUCUUGUAAGACAGAUCCUGGGCCAGUUCAUAAUAAAGAAAAUGUGAAAGCUGCUAGUUUCAAAGAGUGUACAAAUGAGCCUCCAUUGCUAGAUGGGACCCUUGAAGAAAGCGGCUACUUGUCUUACACUGAUAGUCAAAACAGCAUCAUAUUUGACUUGGAGACACAUGAUGCUUAUUCAGAACAAAGUGAAAUUCAAGACAAUUUUCAUGUGCCAGCUGAACUGGACAAUUCAACUGAGAAACAAACGCGGGCGAUUUCUUCUAAUAUGGGCAGUCUACCUUGUGUUCAGUUUGCACAUGCAGCAUGUACUGAACUGAUGUCAACACAUAGAAAAUGUAACAAAUUUGACUGGACUUGUGUUGACAGAAUUGCUGACAAAUUCAAUCUACGUAACAUAAUUGGAAGAAACAUUGGACUCGAUGAUGUAGACAUUUUAAAAGAACUUUUGCAAAGGGGCAUGAAACACCUUUUAGGAAAAAUAUUAAUGCUUCUUGAUGGUGAAGACCUCAUACAGUGUGUGCUAGUUAGCAGGACCUGGAAAAAGAUAAUCCUGGGUGACAAAUGCACAGCAGAGCGCUACUCUGUAGCAGUAGACAAACUUGAGAAAUAUACUUUAAAUGGUAUGGAAGAAUUUACUAGAGCAGUGGAUGGAUGCUCUAGAGAAAUACUAUCUUGUAUGCAGGUAUUGGCUUCAACACCUGUUUCAUCGACUCCAAGAAAGAUGGAACAAAUUGGCAAACUGGAUUCUCAGUGUAGCAAAUUUAACUCCUUUUGCCAGACUGCCAGCACAUUAAAGCAUGGAGAAGGUCUCAAGGCCUGUCGUCGCUGUGGUUUCCCUGCCAAGUUUGAUUCUUGUCUGCAAAGGGCGACAUGUACUCGAUCAAGUUGUGGUUGUGACCUCUGCACAAAAUGUUUUCGUGAAUACCAUCCAUCUUCAAAUUGUACAACUGGAAAAUCGACCAAGCCAGUGAUAUUAGCAGGGAGCAAAAAGAGCAAAUCAAAUUUAAAACGACUUUGAUAGCUGUUUUAGAAUUUUAUUUGCCCAAGACAAGUUUCAUGUAUAUAGUCAAAAUGUUUUAAAAAAUGCAUUUGAAAUGUUCACUUGUUUAAGGAAAAGAGCAGAUAUGCAAUGUAUUUUUAUGUUCAUAAUGUGAAUUUAUAUAUUUCUAAUGUACAUAUGUUAAUGUUGUAAAUUGCUCUUCUCAGUGAAUUUUAAUAUGGUUACAGUAUGGUAGCUAAUUGCACUGCAUUGCUGAGAAGAAGCAAAAGUUGUCUCCUUUUGUUUUAUUCCUUGUGCUUUGUGUUUUAUUCUGAAUGAAGACUAAAAUAUAAAUUAAAAAAAGUUGAUAGAGUGGGUUUUUUAGUUAAUGUCAUUGGGUAAUUGCAACCUAGGAUUUUUCUUCCUAAAAAAUUGAAAUGUAGUUUUGUUAGCAAAAUGGCAGCCUUCACCAUGCCAACCUUCCUUGUACAUCAGUAUUAAAUGGGCUGCUCCUGAUUGGCUCGGGUCACUUUUUGUACCAUAAUAGUUGCAUGUUUGCGAUUACAACUUCUGCACCAUGGUUUUGUUCCUCUUAAUUGUCAAUGGUAAAAAGAGAAAUGGCAUCAUGUCUUCUGAACCACAAAGCUGCUCAUGUCCCAGUCC